AGAAUCUUGCCUAACCCCUUCCCAUGGGAUCCAAAUGAAUGGCAAUUCGCUUUCGAUCACGUCAUCUCAGACGCUGAUGGACGCGCACAAUUCACGAAGUUCCUUCAGUCCGAGUAUUCCGAGGAAAACAUACUGUUUUGGUGGGCUGUUGAAGAACUAAAAGCAGUCAGUGCGUCUGAAUCACGACCCGAGUUCGAACGGACAGUUCUGGAGAUGUUCGAGACGUUCAUCGCUUCCGAGAGUCCGCUAGCCAUCAAUAUCGAUCAUGACACAAGGACGGAUAUCAUUGACCGGGUCGAGAAUCAGGAUCCGUCAUCAUUUCCCGAUAAUAUUUACGAAAGAGCUCAAGCACAUGUUUACCGAUUGAUGGAGAAGGAUUGUUUCUCACGUUUUGUGCACACGCCAGCUUAUAAAGAAGUGGCCAAGAAGAUGGGUCUACCGCAAACGUUCCGAUUCAAUUCUGAGAAAAUUUCACCAACCUAG